AAAGUCGUCCGAUGCACGCUCCUGUUGCAUGAGCAAUUGGUAUUAACGGAAGACAGAAACAGGACGCCCACAUGCGAUAUUUCUCCAACGCUCCAAUGACGAUGACUUGCAGUUGGAGACUCAGAUUGUUCUAGAGCUGAUAGGGGUUACAUUUCCCUAUAAUUACGUGCACGACCACAUUUAGUAUUUUUUUUUUGGUGCCUUUGCGGCUAAGAAAGAGGUUAUCCACUUUUUGAUUUUGCGACUGCGAGUUGGUAGUUUCCGGCGAGUUUGCUUUACACCGGGAAAUACGCUUCUUCGCGUUUCGGGAGCAGAUUGAAUGUCCUUUUCUUUUCUUACCGUCUCAAUGGUGAAGGAUUUGAAGUGAUCGUGUGUUUUGUUGCCUCCAAUGGGAAAAUUUCUUGGUGGUUUUGUACUGCCUGUGCUGCUUCUAGCUGCUGCUUUAAUUAACUGGAGUUUGAUAUCUCUCGUUGAUUUGAUAGCUUUUCUUAUCAUUCAAUAUAAUGCACCAAAGAUUGGAUUUCAUUCCCGAAGGCAUUUGUUGCUAUUGUGGUCAAUAAUUAUCUUUUCUGUACUAGUCAUACUUUCUCAAGUGACUUAUCUGGUGAUAUGGGCUGUUGAGGGAAGCUCAUGGAGCGUACCUGGCGUUUGGUGGGAAAACCUGAUUGGACUUAUGAUAGUUCAAUCAUGGAGAUCCCCUUAUGUUAUUUAUUUCUUGGCUGUGCAACUCCUUGUAAUGUUUGUAGCUUUAGUUGAUAUACACAAAAACAGACUUUUUCUUGGGACAUGGCAAGAUUCAUCUUGUGGCCAGUUCUUAUCAAUUGUUGGACAAAUAGGUUCUCAUCUUCGGGUCACUUCAUGCUUGCUGUUACCUGCUAUUCAACUAGUUGUUGGAAUUAGCCAUCCUUCCUGGGCUUCAUUACCUUUUUUUAUUGGUAGCUGUGUUGGUCUUGUGGACUGGUCUUUAACAAGCAACUUUCUUGGACUUUUCAGGUGGUGGAGGACUCUUCAACUUUAUGCAGGUUUCAAUAUUUUCCUGCUUUACAUAUAUCAACUUCCUGUGGAACUUCCAAGUAUAGUUGAAAGAGUAGCUGAUUUGAUUGGUCUCUUUAAAAUAUCUGUAAAUUCUGAGUGGCUCAAGAUUUGUUCCAGCCUUUCUCUCGUUUGUUUUUAUAUGAUGCUGUGUUUCAUCAAAUCUGAUUUGGAGGAGAUGGAUUUCAUUAUGUCUGGGACAGACAGUAGCUUAACCGAGCAACUGCUUCCAUCUAACCACUCAUUUUUUAUUCGUGAAUCAAGAUCUGGCGUGAAGCACACAAACGUUUUACUCAGAGGAUCUGUUUUUCGGACAUUUAGCAUCAACUUUUUCACGUAUGGUUUCCCGGUUUCCUUGUUUGCUUUGUCCUUUUGGAGUUUUCAUUUUGCAAGCUUAUGUGCAUUUGGGCUACUUGCUUAUGUUGGCUACAUCAUCUAUGCCUUCCCUUCUUUGUUUCGUUUGCACCGGUUGAAUGGGCUGCUUCUUGUCUUCAUUCUCUUGUGGGCCGUUAGCACCUAUGUCUUUAAUGUUGCAUUUGCAUUCCUGAAUUGGAAACUUGGACGGGACAUGAAAAUAUGGGAGAUGGUCGGUUUGUGGCACUAUCCUAUUCCUGGACUUUUUCUGCUUGCACAGUUUUGUUUGGGAAUUUUGGUUGCCUUGGGUAAUCUUGUGAACAACUCUGUAUUCCUCUGCUUGUCAGACGAGGAUGGGAAUUCUUCAAAUGAAUGUUCCUCUGACAAUGUGGAGGGAGAGACUAAGGUGUUGAUUGUGGCCACAAUAGCAUGGGGUCUGCGCAAAAGCUCUCGAGCUAUCAUGCUGACAUUGAUCUUUCUCAUUGCCAUUAAGCCUGGUUUUAUCCAUGCUGUAUAUAUGAUAUUUUUCUUGAUAUAUCUUUUGAGUCACAACAUUAGCAGAAAGAUGAGGCAGGCUCUGGUUCUUCUAUGCGAAGUUCACUUUGCACUUCUAUACAUUCUUCAAAUUAAUUUGAUCUCUUCUGCUUUGGAGAAAAAAGGCUCUAUCAGUAUGGAAGUCCUAAUGCAGUUAGGUCUCCUUGAAGAAGAUAGUUCUUGGGAUUUCUUGGAAGUGACUUUACUCGCUUGCUUCUGUGCAAUUCAUAACCAUGGUUUUGAGAUGUUAUUUUCAUUUUCCGCAAUUGUACAGCAUGCCCCUAGCCCUCCUCUUGGAUUUAGUAUCUUAAAAGCUGGUCUAAACAAAUCUGUUCUGUUGUCUGUAUAUGCCUCCUCCUCUGUGAGAUACAGCCAUGACACUUUCUCUUAUGAGAGAAGAAUAGCAUCAUAUCUGAGUGCAAUUGGGCAGAAGUUCCUAUCUAUUUAUCGAUCUUGUGGAACCUACAUAGCUUUCCUGACAAUUCUUCUCACAGUAUACCUGGUGAGACCUAAUUGUAUAUCAUUUGGCUACAUAUUCCUUCUCCUUCUGUGGAUCAUUGGAAGACAACUUGUUGAGAGAACCAAAAGACGGCUGUGGUUUCCGUUAAAAGUUUAUGCAAUUUUGGUGUUUAUCUUUGUAUAUAGCUUGAGCAGUUUCUCAAGCCUUGAGAUGUGGUUGUCUAAGUUAAUUGAUCUCUACAUUUAUUUGGGUUAUGACUCAAAGGCAUCGCCUCUCAAAAAUAUUUGGGAGUCUCUGGCAGUCCUAAUUGUCAUGCAACUUUAUAGCUACGAGAGGAGGCAGAGCAGGAAUAAUAGACUGGAUGACUUUGAUCGACUAGAGUCAGGGAUUGUGGGGUUUGUCAGACGAUUUCUUAUCUGGCACAGUGAGAAGAUCUUGUUUAUUGCAUUGUUUUAUGCAUCUUUUUCUCCAAUUAGUGCAUUUGGAUUUUUAUAUCUGCUUGGCCUUGUCAUAUGCUCCACUUUCCCAAAAACUUCUAGGAUCCCAUCCAAGUCAUUUUUAGCAUACACGGGGUUUCUAGUUGCAGUUGAAUAUCUCUUCCAGAUGUGGGGCAAGCAGGUUGAAAUGUUUCCCGGGCAGAAGCACUAUGAUAUAUCUCUAUUUUUGGGUUUCCAUGUAUUCCAGCGAGGCUUUUGGGGUUUAGAAUCGGGAUUGAGAGGAAAAGUUCUGGUAAUUGCAGCUUGUACCCUUCAGUACAAUGUCUUUCAUUGGUUGGAGAGGAUGCGAAAUGCAGUUUUAAACAAAGAAAAGUUUGAAGAACCUUGUCCAUUGUUUGUUUCCAUAGAAGAUGCAUUCAAUAAUGUUGAUGCAUGCAAUGAGGGAAAUAAAUCAUUGUUCAAUUCACAUCCACCAUCUGCAAGACAAGAAGGGGUUUUGAACAAUUCUUCAGAAAUUUUGUCCUCUGGCUUUUCUCAAAUAGGUGAUACUGCACCUUCUAAACCAGGAGGUUCUGACAGUAUUGGUAGUAAAUAUUCAUUUGGGUUUAUCUGGGGUAGCACAAAGGAGAGUCACAAGUGGAACAAGAGGAUUGUUGCUUUGAGAAAGGAGCGAUUUGAAACACAGAAGAGUCUCUUAAAAAUAUAUCUGAAAUUUUGGAUGGAGAAUAUGUUUAAUUUGUUUGGUCUUGAGAUAAACAUGAUAGCAUUACUAUUAGCUAGCUUUGCUUUGUUGAAUGCAAUAUCAAUUUUGUAUAUUGCACUGCUUGCUGCUUGUGUUCUUUUGAGUCGGCAAAUUAUACGUAAAGUCUGGCCCAUAUUUGUUUUCUUGUUUGCUUCCAUUCUCAUCCUGGAAUAUUUUGUCAUCUGGAUGGAUGAAUUGAAUUCACAUGUCCCAAGUGAGAUUCAUUGCCAUGACUGCUGGAGAAGUUCAACUAAGUAUUUCCAUUACUGUAGAAAUUGUUGGCUCGGACUAAUUGUUGAUGACCCCCGGAUCUUUGUAAGCUAUUUUGUGGUCUUCAUGCUGGCUUGUUUUAAACUCCGUGCUGAUCGCCAGCCUGGUUUGUCAGGGUCUUCAACUUAUCAUCAGAUUAUGUCCCAACGUAAGAACACAUUUGUUUGGAGAGAUCUCUCUUUUGACACUAAAAGCAUGUGGACAUUUCUUGACUAUUUGAGGCUUUACUGCUAUUGCCAUCUGCUGGAUCUUGUGCUAAUACUAAUAUUGAUUACUGGAACACUUGAAUAUGACAUUCUACAUCUUGGUUAUCUUGCCUUUGCUCUGGUAUUCUUUCGCAUGAGACUUGAAAUACUGAAGAAGAAGAAUAAAAUAUUCAAGUUCUUGCGCAUAUAUAAUUUUGUUCUAAUUGUUCUCUCUCUUGCUUACCAGUCUCCUUUUGUUGGGGGAUUUAGUGCUGGGAAAUGUGCUACUGUGGAUUACAUUUUUGAGAUCAUUGGAUUUUACAAAUACGACUAUGGUUUUCGGAUUACAGCAAGAUCUGCAUUAGUUGAGAUUAUCAUUUUUGUGUUGGUAUCACUUCAGUCGUAUAUGUUUUCUUCUCAAGAGUUUGAUUAUGUGUCUCGCUACCUGGAAGCAGAGCAAAUUGGUGCUAUUGUACAUGAGCAAGAGAAAAAAGCUGCUUGGAAAACUGAACAGUUACAACAAAUUCGUGAAGCUCAGGAGAAAAAACGUCAGCGUAACAUGCAGGUGGAAAAGAUGAAAUCUGAAAUGCUCAACCUCCAAUUACAACUCCACAGCAUGAACUCAUCCACUAAUUGUGGUGAUGGAUUUUCUCACAGCAAUGAAGGUCUAAGAAGGAGGAGAAACACUUCUCUUGCUUCAAAUAAUGACAUUGGAACCCCUGAUAAAGAAGAGCAUAUUGUUGGGAAACUAGAUCAUAGUGCAAGGGAGGAUUCCGUUUUUCCAAUUGAACUGCACAAAUCACCUGCUAACAUGGAUAUGGAAACUCCAUUUGCAGAAGAAUAUAUGAAGUAUUUGGUGGAUUCUUCUAGGUGUGAGAUUACUGAAAUAGAUGAUGAUACUUCUAGAGAGUUAGAAUUAAAGGCAAAAAUUAAAGGGCAAGCAAAAGAAAACCCAUUAAAAUCUGCUGUACAGUUGAUAGGUGAUGGUGUUUCCCAGGUACAGUCCAUUGGAAAUCAGGCAGUCAAUAACCUGGUGAGCUUUUUGAACAUUGCACAAGAAGAAUCUGAUGUGAAUGAGCAGACAUUUAUGGAGGAUGGGAUAUAUGAUGAUAUGGAGAGUCGAGAGACCCAGCAUGGGUAUUUGGAACGUUCCUCAUCUCUUCAGUCUGAUAAGAGUUCUGAUGCUGCGAGUCUGCAGUUAGGAAGGAUCUUCCGUCAUAUAUGGUCUCAGAUGCGUUCCAAUAAUGAUAUUGUGUGUUACUGUUGCUUUGUUCUUGUUUUCUUAUGGAACUUCAGCCUGCUUUCAAUGGUUUAUCUUGCAGCUCUCUUCUUGUAUGCUUUGUGCGUAAAUACAGGCCCGAGUUACAUUUUCUGGAUUAUCAUGCUCAUUUAUACUGAGGUUUAUAUUUUACUUCAGUAUCUGUACCAAAUCAUCAUCCAGCAUUGUGGGUUGAGUAUUAAUUCUCACUUAUUACGUGAAUUAGGUUUCCCCACAGACAAAAUUACGUCAUCCUUUGUUGUCAGUUCAUUUCCUCUAUUUCUUGUGUACUUGUUUACCCUCAUUCAGAGCUCCAUAACUGUAAAAGAUGGUGAAUGGAUGACUUGUACAGACUUAAAGUUUUUUAAUAGAAAUGAUCUCUAUGCUAGAGAUGUCUCCACUAGUUACAACUGGAAUGAUAGAGCUUGGAAUCUGAUAAAUCAGUUAACCAAUAUGGUGAAACUGAUAAUCAGAAGCUUCUUUAGGUACUGGAAAUCACUGACGCAAGGAGCAGAAUCUCCUCCUUAUUUUGUCCAGGUGUCUAUGGAUGUCAAUUUCUGGCCUGAAGAUGGGAUUCAGCCAGAGAGGAUUGAGUCUGGAAUUAAUCAGUUGCUCAGAAAUGUUCACAACGAUAGGUGCAAGGAAAAGAACCCCAGUCUCUGCCCUUUUGCUAGUAGGGUUCAUGUUCAAAGAAUCGAAAGAAGCCUAGAAAAUCCCAAUGUCGCACUGGUUGUUUUUGAGGUAGUUUAUGCCUCUCCUGUAAUGGGGUGCUUUUCAGCAGAAUGGCACAAGUCUUUAACUCCUGCAGCUGAUGUAGCCAAGGAAAUUCUUGAAGCGCAGCAAGGAGGUUUUGUGGAAGAAUGGGGAUUUCCUUACCAUAUACUGUCAGUAAUUGGUGGAGGCAAAAGAGAACUUGAUCUGUAUGCCUACAUAUUUUGUGCAGAUUUGAUUGUAUUCUUUCUUGUUGCCAUGUUCUAUCAGUCUGUCAUUAAAAAUAAAAGUGAAUUCCUUGAUGUAUAUCAGCUUGAAGAUCAGUUUCCAAAAGAGUUUGUCUUUAUUUUAAUGGUUAUCUUCUUCCUGAUUGUGCUUGAUCGUAUAAUAUAUCUCUGUUCGUUUGCCACAGGGAAAGUGAUUUUCUAUAUUUUCAACCUCAUUCUCUUCACAUAUUCAGUUACAGAGUAUGCCUGGCAAUUGGAGCUUUUUCAACAACAUGCUGCUGGGCUAGCUCUCCGUGGCAUAUAUUGUGCAAAAGCAGUUUCUCUUGCACUACAGGCUGUACAAAUUCGCCAUGGCAUCCCUCACAAGAGCACUUUGUAUCGGCAGUUUCUGACCAGUGAAGUUUCACGAAUCAAUUAUUUAGGAUAUAGACUUUAUCGUGCUCUACCUUUUCUAUAUGAACUACGAUGUGUGCUUGACUGGUCAUGCACAACCACAUCAUUGACCAUGUACGACUGGCUAAAGCUGGAGGACAUAAAUGCAAGUCUGUACCUUGUAAAAUGUGAUGCACUUUUGAAUAGAGCUACACACAAACAAGGAGAGAGACAGACAAAAAUGACCAAAUGCUGCAAUGGGAUAUGCCUGUUCUUCAUAUUAAUCUGUGUUAUAUGGGCUCCUAUGCUGAUGUACAGCAGCGGUAACCCAACAAACAUUGCAAACCCCAUCAAAGAUGCCAGUUUUCAGGUUGAUAUCAAGACAGUAAGUGGAAGGUUGAAUUUGUACCAAACUACCCUGUGUGAGAAAAUCCGUUGGGAUAAUCUUGGGUCUGAUGCCAAUCUUGAUCCCUAUGGCUACUUAAAUACAUAUAAUGAGAAUGAUAUCCAAUUGAUAUGCUGCCAAGCUGAUGCUAGUACACUGUGGCUUGUCCCAGCCGUCAUUCGGACCAGAUUGAUCCAUUCACUUGAUUGGCAUAGACCAUCUAGUGAGAUGGAAAUAUAUUUUACCUGGUUACUUUGGAGGGACAGGCCGAAAGGGAAGGAACUAGUUAAAUUUGAAAAGCCAGUUGAUUCACAGAAUCUUCCAAGAGAGUCAGAUGUUCAAAAGGUUCUUAACGGCUCUAUGAACAGCUUUAGGAUAUAUGGCGUUUAUCCAAGGUUCUUUCGAGUCACUGGUUCUGGUGAUGUUCGACCACUGGAAGUAGAGGAUAAUUCUGUGAGUGCUGAUCUCAUGAUAAAUCAUGAGCAAUAUGAGUGGUGGUCCUUUCAUGAUAUAAAUUCAUCUGAUUCAAGUGGAUGCGGAGGUUUGACAGGACCCAUGGCAAUUAUAAUAUCUGAGGAAACACCACCACAGGGUAUUCUUGGUGACACUCUAAGCAAAUUUAGCAUAUGGGGGCUCUACAUAACCUUUGUUCUUGCUGUUGGCCGUUUUAUCAGACUUCAGUGCUCUGACUUAAGGAUGAGAAUUCCCUUCGAGAACCUGCCUUCAUGUGACAGGUUGAUAGCCAUCUGCGAGGAUAUAUAUGCAGCCAGGGCCGAGGGUGAGCUUGGAGUUGAAGAGGUACUAUACUGGACGCUGGUGAAGAUAUAUAGGUCCCCUCACAUGCUACUUGAGUACACCAAGCCAGACUAAAACCCUCGAUAUGCUACCUUUCGGUUGCUAACGACUAAAAAAGGCUUAAAGCACUAGUAUGUCUUGACUUCCCUGCAUAUGGAUGUGCACCAUAUAAGUUCGUAUGGAGACUGAAGCAAAUACAAAGCAGCAGUGCCUGUCCAGAACUCAGAGCAGAGUUGUUAUUGCUUUGGAGAUUUUCUUGACAAUAUAAUGAUCCUUGCCUCGAGGAAUCUUUCCAUGUUGAAGGCAUUUGGGCUCUGAUGCUACAGCCUAACCGGCCAUAUUCUUGCCAGUUGGGACUUCAGCGUCAUUGAAAGGCAAGAUCUACAUUGGCAAAUUGGUGGAGAUAUCAUGACCGUAUUUAUGAUUAUGAUUCUAAAUGAUUGCUUGUAAAUAGUGUAAAGUGUAGGCAAUUGGAUCUUGUUGUAGCGAGGUAUUAUUUUUAACCGCUUCGCUCCAUUCUCCAGCCACUCCCCCCCUCUCUCUCACUUCCUCAAAUGAUUAAACCUGCCUCCCAGUUCUUGCAAUGCAUGUGGGAAACAUGUUCAUGGGUUCCGCUUCCUGGGAAUGGGGGAUGGAUUACCUUCCACGUCCUCAUUCCUUUCUGAUUAUUAAUUGACAAAUAACGAGAAAUAUUUGUAUU